GAGUGAGCGGAGAAAAUCUCCAAGACCGACCGAAGACUCAGAACGAGUACACCGAGCUUUCCUUCUCUCCUCUCGCAUCUGCGGCAGCUUCUCUUACCCUACGCGGCCACGGCUCGCCUGCGCCGCCGCCGCCUUCCCCCCGCCUCUGGGGAGCCUAAAGGUCUUGGCUAAGUUUGAUCAUGUCAUGCUUUGCAUGCUGUGGUGGCGAAGACACUCAAAGAGCACCUGAUAACAGAGAUCCAUACCCUGGUGGCUACCCAGCAAGGAAUGAUGCUUAUCGCACUGCUGAUCCAACUCCCAAGGGUGCUCAACCUGUGAAAGUGCAGCCAAUCGCAGUCCCCACUAUUCCUGUAGAAGAAAUUAGGGAGGUGACAAAGGGUUUUGGUGAUGAAGCUUUGAUUGGUGAAGGUUCUUUUGGCAGAGUGUAUUUUGGUAUCGUAAAAAAUGGUAGAAGUGUGGCGAUCAAAAAGUUAGAUUCAAGUAAGCAGCCGGAACAAGAAUUUUUGGCGCAGGUCUCCAUGGUGUCAAGACUUAAGCACGACAAUGUUGUGGAGUUACUUGGUUACUGUGUUGAUGGAAACACCCGUAUCCUUGCUUAUGAAUUUGCUAUGAUGGGUUCUCUUCACGAUAUGCUUCACGGACGGAAAGGUGUGAAAGGAGCUCAGCCUGGUCCAGUCUUGUCUUGGACACAUCGAGUGAAGAUUGCUGUUGGAGCAGCAAAGGGCCUCGAGUAUCUUCAUGAGAAAGCGCAGCCUCGUAUCAUACACAGGGACAUCAAGUCCAGCAACGUUCUUCUGUUUGAUGAUGAUGUAGCUAAAAUAGCUGAUUUUGAUUUGUCAAACCAAGCUCCUGAUAUGGCAGCUCGACUUCACUCGACCAGGGUUCUUGGAACAUUUGGAUAUCAUGCGCCUGAGUAUGCGAUGACUGGACAGCUUAGCUCUAAGAGUGAUGUCUACAGUUUUGGAGUUGUUCUUCUGGAGCUCCUGACUGGAAGAAAGCCCGUGGACCAUACAUUACCAAGAGGACAGCAGAGCCUUGUGACAUGGGCAACUCCACGGCUUAGUGAGGACAAAGUGAGGCAAUGUGUUGAUUCAAGACUUGGAGGGGAAUAUCCUCCUAAAUCUGUUGCAAAGUUUGCAGCUGUUGCUGCACUGUGUGUGCAAUAUGAAGCGGAUUUUCGACCAAACAUGAGCAUCGUCGUGAAGGCACUCCAGCCCCUCCUGAAUGCACGUGCAUCCAACCCUGGAUGAGUGAAUGACUGCUCUUGCUUGUACCUGACGCAAGUAUGCAAUUCAAACAACUAUGUAGCAAUGAACAUAGAAGUGUGGUUGUUGGCUUAAUGUAGUUGACCUUGGAUGUUGAUCAGGAUAUAACUCCUUUCCUUUGGUCAUUGUCAAAUACAGUAAUACAGUUCCUGGAUGUUACCAACUAGUUUUUGUAGUUUGUACAAUACCCGUACCCCGAGGGCCAUUGCCAAUAAACCAUACGCCGAUGUGCGAUUCCAUUUCAUCUGUUGUCAUUUUGAUUUUUGGGCUAAAGUAGCCUAAGAUUCGAAAUGAAUCUGUAAAAUUCCUCAUUGUAACCUCUGAUCCAAACUAUUCUGUAAAGUUCCUCGUUGCCUGUUACGGUUUGAAAGUUCAUGCCCUGCCUGGAAAGACUAAUUCGAACAACUAUGUAGCAAUGAAAUAAUAUAGAAGUGUGGUUGUUGGCUUAAUGUAGUUGACCUUGGAUGUUGAUCAGGAUAUAACUCCUUUCCUUUGGUCAUUGUCGAAUACAGUAAUACAGUUCCUGGAUGUUACCAACUAGUUUUUGUAGUUUGUACAAUACCCGUACCCCGAGGGCCAUUGCCAAUAAACCAUACGCCGAUGUGCGAUUCCAUUUCAUCUGUUGUCAUUUUGAUUUUUGGGCUAAAGUAGCCUAAGAUUCGAAAUGAAUCUGUAAAAUUCCUCAUUGUAACCUCUGAUCCAAACUAUUCUGUAAAGUUCCUCGUUGCCUGUUACGGUUUGAAAGUUCAUGCCCUGCCUGGAAAGACUAAUUCGAACAACUAUGUAGCAAUGAAAUAAUAUAGAAGUGUGGUUGUUGGCUUAAUGUAGUUGACCUUGGAUGUUGAUCAGGAUAUAACUCCUUUCCUUUGGUCAUUGUCGAAUACAGUAAUACAGUUCCUGGAUGUUACCAACUAGUUUUUGUAGUUUGUACAAUACCCGUACCCCGAGGGCCAUUGCCAAUAAACCAUACGCCGAUGUGCGAUUCCAUUUCAUCUGUUGUCAUUUUGAUUUUUGGGCUAAAGUAGCCUAAGAUUCGAAAUGAAUCUGUAAAAUUCCUCAUUGUAACCUCUGAUCCAAACUAUUCUGUAAAGUUCCUCGUUGCCUGUUACGGUUUGAAA